CCUCCUGACCCUGAUCAGCUGCUGUCUCCUCCUGCAGAGGCGUCAUCGCCAUCAACUCCAAGCUUAGCUUUGAGCUGCAGCCGCAGGAGGGUGACCACCAUCACCCCCGCCAGCAGGGGGAGGAGGAGCGGGGAGGAGGGGAGAGUGGAGGAGACGGCAGUGGAGGUAGUGGAGGCGGAGAAGGAGGUGAAGAAGAAGAAGGAGUCCACCUAUUGUUCUCCACUAGUCCUCUGGAGGGAGAUGGUGCUGGAGGCUGCGGGGUGUCACACACCACUGUCCCCCCGAUCCACACCUUCACUCACACACACAGGAAAAAGAGAGACAUCCUGUCAGAGACCAAAUACAUCGAGCUGGUGCUGGUGGCUGAUCACCAGGAGUUCAUGAAUUAUCAGAAGAACAACAACACCAUCAUCUACCGCAUGCUGGACGUGGCCAACCAGGUGGACUGGUUCUACCGUCCUCUGAACGUGCGGGUGGCUUUGACCGGUCUGGAGAUCUGGAGCGACCGAGACAAGAUCCAGGUGGAGAAGAGUCCAACAGACACACUCAACAACUUUCUGGAGUGGAGAACAAGAGAGCUGCUGCCACGCCUUCGACAUGACAACGCCCAGCUUGUCAUGGGCGGGUCAUUUGACGGCACCACAGUGGGGAUGGCGUCUCAGUCGUCCAUGUGCUCCAGAGACAGGUCUGGUGGAGUCAAUGUGGAUCACUUGGUCAGCGUCUUGGGCGUGGCCUCCACUGUUGCGCAUGAGCUUGGUCACAAUUUGGGGAUGAGCCACGACACGGCUGAACGCCGCUGCUCCUGCCAGAACGAGCCGCGGCUAGGAGGAUGCAUCAUGGAGCCAUCGACUGGGUUCAUGCCAGGUCAGCAGUUCAGCAGCUGCAGCGCAGCAGAUCUGUCCAUCAGUCUGCUGCACGGAGGCGGGAUGUGUCUGUUCAACAUCCCGCAGCCCGAUCGCCUGCUGGGAGGACCUCGCUGUGGAAACCUGUACUUGGAGCGAGGAGAGGAGUGUGACUGUGGCCUGCUGGAG